CAACCGGCCGCCUCACUUGAAUCCAAAGCUGCUCUGGCUAACGAUUGCUGGUCUUAUUCAGCGUCCUUUCUUUCCCCAAGCGACCGCUGUGUACGUUUAUUUUGGUAUCUGUAUGUGUUUGCCUCGUUUUCUGUCCCUGGUGCAGGUCCUCUUGGGUCUUAUUGAGGUUGGGGGUUACGCACUGCGUCGCCUCUACGGACGGCAAGCUGACCGACUUCUGAAAACAAUCUUGAAUGUCAUCGACAAUUCAGAAGUCCUCGCUUAUUCUGCUCCUGAACUUGCACUGGUCACGUGCAUAGAAGAAGGUUUAAAAACUGGCAAAUUCCCCGGCGAGUUCGGAUGUCUCAUGGAUGAUUUUUGGAGCUAA